AUGUCUGCUUCUGAACUAUUAUUCCAACAAAAUGAUUUAUCAUCUACCGGUUGCGUACACAUUUCAAACGUGGAUUAUUCAUCAAAGGGCGAUGGCAAAGUUGUAAGACCCAAUGAUAUUGUUGAUCACACAUCAGAAUCUUUAAGCUUAGAACAACACGAUCAAGAUUAUACAAGUAUGGGUGAAAUGCAGAAGAAGUUCAUGAACAAGUUUCGCCGACUUGGUGGUGCUAAUGAUGCGAAAAAAGAGAAGCGUAUAGGGAGUUCAGGUCCGGAAACAAAUGAAAGAGAAGAACAUAUGCGAGAGAUGAGAGAUAUCGCAUUCGAGGUAAGAAUGCCAGAUAAGGGUCAAAAUGUUCAUCCGUUGGACCGUCCGCUGUUACUAAAAAACGGCGGUAGGAUUUCAGCAAUUACAGGUGAGUAUGAGAGCAACAGUGGUGCUGGAUCAAACGCAACAAGCAGUUCAAAUUUUCCAUCAAAAGGUAACACGAGUGCAAGCAGUUUGCGGAGUGGAUCAACGGACGAUGAAAGAAAAGGAAUGUCCAAAGGAAUUCAAGUGUCAAUGAACGAUAUAACAUGGUUCGCUGGCGUGCUAUGGAAGAUGCUUUAUAAACUGCUACUGAAGCUCUGGAACCUGGAUCUUUUUAUAAAUGUGCAAAAGUUCGACGGUUCGACAAUGAAACUUCACAUUCCAUCCAUAAUAUGUGGCUUUGUUUGCCUUCAUAUCAUUGCAUCAUUGCUAAUUGGCAACUCUACUGAUAGUAUGCCGGCUGGAAACUAUUCUUCACCUCGAGAUACUUCAUCGUCGAAGUUUAUUUCCAUUCCACAGCUAUUGACGUUCACUGUUGUUGCGGUCUUAAUUGCAUGUAUGACCAUAUCCAUGUUGGCAAGUUCUCAUCGGUCUUCGGAGCAUACAGUAACGACUGCAACACCGACAUCCUCAUCUGCAUCGAUCUCAUCCUUUUCUAAAAAAACCUCCUCUCUAGAAGGACGCUUUGGUGACGGGGAUAAUACUGCUAUAACUUCAUAUGACGUUAGCAGCAAUGCACAUGUAAUUCCAAGAACAAAAUCAGAGAAUAUUGCAACGGGAUUAACGAGUAGGCAACAUGUUCCAAGACGUCAUACCACACCACAAAACAACUUGCAUGUGAACAAGGCGAUUUUUACGUAUCGUUCUGGCUUUUCAUCAAGUCAUAAGGAAGUGGAUGUUGAAAGAAUGACAAUUGCCGGGAGAAGUAGAAUGCUGAGUGCAUUUCGAAUGACGAAAGCAGAUGGACCCUCAAAUGAGUUAUACAAUUAG